AUGUCACAUUUACAGUUACCAAAAAAUCCUGAAGAAUGGCUGAAGGUUGCAGAAGACUAUGAUGAGAAAUGGAACUUCCCACAUUGCGUAGGAGCAAUCGACGGGAAACAUAUAGUCAUUCAAUGCCCGAUAAAUAGUGGAUCAGAGUUCUUUAAUUAUAAGGAAACUUUUAGCAUUGUGUUAAUGGCGUUAGUUGAUGCCAACUACAUGUUCACCUAUGUAGAUAUCGGUUGUCAGGGUAGGAUAAGUGAUGGUGGUGUAUUUAAAAAUACAUCACUAUGGGCCACAUUAGAAAAAAAUCAACUUAUGCUGCCAUUAGAUACACCACUUUCAACCAAAAAUGAGUUAGUGCCCUAUGUAUUCGUAGGAGAUAAUGCAUUUGCAUUGGGAACUCAUAUGAUGAAGCCAUACUCUGGAGUUUUUGAAAAGGGUAACAAAAAACGUGUAUACAACUAUCGGCUGUCAAGAGCACGUCGUGUAGUGGAGAAUGUAUUUGGCAUUUUAUCCUCAGUGUUUAGAGUAUUCAGAAAACUGAUUUUACUGAGUGAACAAAAGGUUUCUCAAAUAACUAUGGCAUGUGUACUACUGCAUAACUACUUAAGAAGUAAAACGUCAAGUGGAAUAUAUUCUCCACCAGGAGUAUUCGAUGAUGAAAAAGAAAGCGAACUUCAGCCAGGAUCCUGGAGAGAAGACCAAGGCAGUAUGACCUCAUUUAUGCCAGUGCAACGGGUGCCAAGAAGAUCAGGAUUAGAACCAUUAAGAAUUAGAGAUUUAUAUGCUGAUUAUUUUGUAUCCAACGGUGCAGUAACUUGGCAGAACGACAAAUGA